AAAGAAAAAAAAACUUUUUGUAUCGAAGGAAUCAACAGCCGCCAUCUUGUCGCGGCUCGGAAUCUGGAUUUCGGUAGAUCAUUAUUUUUAUUUAGCGACGGGACAUCCAAACCUUGAACAAAGGGCUUUAUUCCGCCUGAAAUUAAACGCUUAUGCGGUUUUGAAGAAAAUUAUUGGGAAAAACGGGGAAUUGGGUCGGUUUUCGUCGGUCAGAAAACCCCCCAGUAUAUCUGAUUUCCCCUUCAGAAAGCGCUGCUUCCCUCCGUAUCUCCGUUCCUGUCCGUAUUGUUUACCGGGAGCUACCGACGGAGAGACAGCGGCAAAGGAGCGAAUUAGACCCGGUAGCUAAUUUUUUCUCAGUGGUGCAUUUUAUCGGGGGCAAAAAUGGAUUUUGCAGAAAUUAAUUUGACGUCAGAAAAAAUGGGUUAUUUAAAGAUGCAGCUGUAACGACUCGUGGGCGAAGGGACAUAAACCAUUUUUUGGGAUUAUUUUUUAAUUUAUUUUAUCUUUUAUUUUUUUCGAACUAAAAUAUUUUUCUUCGGUGCAGUUAUUAAUGAUAAUAAUGUGGGUGUUGGGUGUUGGAUUAUCAUGGGUUGAAUGGCGGUGGCGAAGCGGGGCGCUAUUGCUACUUUUUUGAAAAAAAAUUGCUCCUCGCUUACUGCUGGGCUAAACCAGCUAAUUAUUUACUCCAAAACCGUGAGGGAAAAGGAAAGCUCACGGGUUGCUUGGUUAAGAUUUGUCCCCCCCUCCCCCGACAACGUGGGAUUUUAGCAUAUUUUUCGGUUAUUUGAUUAGAAAUAACCAUAUUUUGGGUCACGAUGGCUGAAAACCUUCUGGAUGUCGGACCUCCCAACCCAAAGCGACAGAAGCUGAAUUCACCUGCCCUGACCGGCUCGGAUGGUCCAGUUGACUUGGUCUCCCUGUUCGACUUGGAGAACGACCUGCCGGAUGAGCUGAUUCCCAACGGCGGCGACCUGGGCCUGCUGUCCAUGCCCUCAAACGGCGGGGGCGGAGCAGGGGGCGGGGCCUCGGUGGGCGGGAUGGUCCAGGACGCCGCCUCCAAGCACAAGCAGCUGUCGGAGCUCCUGAGGGCGGGCAGCGGCUCGGGCCUGGGGCCCAGCCCGCAGCCGCAGGGCAUGCUGGGAAAGAGCCCCCUGAGCCAGGGCUCGCCGUCGCCCUCGCACCCCUCGCCAGCACAGAAGCAGGCCGUCCCGCCCGGCUUCCCCCAGGCCGUGCUGAACAGCGGCCCCCCCCACGGCCUGCGCGGGCAGAGCCCCCAGCCCCCGCAACCUGCCCAGGUGAUGAACGGCUCCCUGGGCCCCGCCGGGCGUGGCCGGGGCGGGGCGGGGCUGCAGUACCAGGGCUCGUCCAUGCAGGGAGCGGGAGGGGGCGGAGCCGGCGCGGCGGGGGGCGGCGGAGCAGCGAGCGCGCUGGCGGAGACGCUGGCCCAACAGGGGGCGCCACAGGCAGGCGGCCACGUGGCCGUGAACGCCCAGCAGGCCGGCAACAUGAACAAGAUGGGCUUUGGCCAGGCGUUUGGGCAGGGCUCGGGGGUGGGCGCUCAGCUGCAGGGCAAGGCGGGGCUGCCAUCCUUCCCCUCGGACCUGAAGAGCGCGCCCGUGAGCGGUGUGCCCGGCCUGUCUCAGAUGCAGCAGCAGCAGGCCCAGGCCCAGGCUCAGCAGCAGGUGCCCUCGGUGGGCGUGGUCCCGGGGCAGGGCGUGUUGGCGGGCCCCACGGCCGACCCGGAGAAGCGCAAGCUGAUCCAGCAGCAGCUGGUCCUGCUGCUCCACGCCCACAAGUGCCAGCGGCGCGAGCAGGCCAACGGGCAGGUGCAGGCCUGUGCCCUGCCCCACUGCCGCACCAUGAAGAACGUCCUCAACCACAUGACCCACUGCCAGGCCGGCAAGUCCUGCCAGGUGGCUCACUGCGCGUCCUCGCGGCAGAUCAUCUCGCACUGGAAGAACUGCACCCGGCACGACUGCCCUGUCUGCCUGCCGCUGAAGAACGCCAGCGACAAGCGCAACCAGCAGCCCAUGCUGAGUUCCCCCAACGCGGGGCUGCAGAACGCCGUCGGCACGGCGAGCUCCGGCCCACAGGCCACGCCCACCAUAAGCACGGCCACGCCCAUCGACCCCAGCUCCAUGCAGAGGGCCUACGCCGCCCUGGGCCUUCCCUACGGCAACCAGCCGGCUGCGCAGACGCAGGUCCCCGGGCAGCAGAACGCGCAGACGCCGCAGCUUCGCACCGUCAACGCGCUCGGCACUGGCCAGAUGAACAUGGGGGGCGGGGCAAUGGGCGUGGCCUCGUCGGAGCAGACCAACCUGCAGUCAGAUUCUUCUCUUCCGUCCUCGCUGAACACCAGCCAGCUGAUGUCAGACGGGCCGGGCGUGGCCAACAUGGGCAGCCUGCCCACUGCCGCUCCGCUGUCCACCAGCGGGGUGAGGAAGGGGUGGCACGAGCAUGUCACUCAGGACCUGCGCACCCACCUGGUGCACAAACUUGUUCAGGCCAUCUUCCCCACCCCUGACCCAGCUGCGCUGAAGGACCGGCGCAUGGAGAACCUGGUGGCCUACGCCCGCAAGGUGGAGGGGGACAUGUACGAGUCCGCCAACAGCAGGGACGAAUACUACCACUUUUUGGCGGAGAAGAUCUAUAAGAUCCAGAAGGAGCUGGAGGAGAAGAGGCGGUCUCGGCUGCAGAAGCAGAUCAUUAACCAGGCCCCGCUCGUAGCCCAAGGCAACCAACAGCCCGGCCUGACCCCCCCCAACGCCCUGGGGCCCCCCCAGCCAGGCCUGACCCCGCCCAAUACCCUGGGCCCACCCCAGCCCGGUCUGGCCCAGCCAAAUGCCCUGGGGCCCCCCCAGCCCAACACCCUGGGGCCCUCCCAGCCUGGCCUGGCCCAGCCCAAUGCUCUGGGGCCCCCCCAGCCCGGCCUGACCCCGCCCAACUCUCUAGGCCCCCCCCAGUCCGGCCGCUCUCCCAAUGGACCUGUGCCUAUGCCCAAUGUGCCAAAUCAGAUGAUGAAUCGCAUGCAGGUUUCUCCAGGAAUAAACCAGUUCAGCUCCAUGCCCAUGCAGAACGUGCAGAUGUCUCAGGCGUCCAUGGGCACCCGCGCCGCCUCCCCCAUGAACCACCCUGUGCAGAUUAACAUGGGCUCCGUCCCUGCCAUGGGAAUGUCCCCAUCGCGGAUGCCGCAAGCGCAGGGCAUGAUGGGAGCGCACGCUAACAGCAUGGUGGGCCAGACGCCCAGCCAGGCCCCCUUCAUGUCCCAGCCCCAGUUCCCUGCAUCCACCUCAGCCAUGAAUGUCAGUGUGGGCCUGAGCCAGCCUGGAGCUCAGAGCAGCGUCACGCAGCAGCAGCAGCAGCAGAAUGCCUCCCUGCCCAUCAGCGCCCUGAGCUCUAUGGGCUCCCAGCUGCCCUGCGCCCCACCCCGCGCCACGCCCCCGCCCGCCGCCUCCGCCACCGCAGCAACCGCCAACCUGCAGCAGAUCCAGCCCUCCAGCCGGGCCUCCACCCCCACCCCGGCCCCCACGCCCGGCAUCCUCCCCGGCUCCACCCCCACACAGGGCACCCCGCCCAGCUCCGCCCCCACCCAGCCCCGCACGCCCCAACUGGACCCGCCCGCGCAGACUCAGCCGCCCUCCACUCCGCUCUCCCAGACAGCGGCCAGCGUGGACACCCGCGUCCCCACGCCGGCCUCCGUCGCCAGCGCCGACGCCCACUCCCAGCAUGCCCUGCACGAGUUGCCAGCCUCCGAGCCCAAAGCCGAGGCCCGGGAUCCAGAGCAGGGCUUUGAGCCCGGCGGAGCCAAGAUGGAGGCCAAGAGAGAGGUGGACGAGGACGGAGGCGCUCUGUCGGGGAAGCUCAAGGAGGAGCCCAAGCAGGAGGGCAUGGAGGUGGAGGAGAAGAAACCCGACGUGAAGGUGGAGCCAAAGGAGGAGGAGGAAGGCGGUGCCAACGGCACGGCCCCGUCCACGUCCCCCACCCAGCAGCGACGGAAGAUCUUUAAGCCCGAGGAGCUGCGGCAGGCCCUGAUGCCCACACUGGAGUCGCUGUACCGCCAGGACCCCGAGUCCCUGCCCUUCCGCCAGCCUGUGGACCCCACCCUGCUGGGAAUCCCGGACUACUUUGACAUAGUGAAGAACCCCAUGGACCUGUCCACCAUCAAGCGCAAGCUGGACACGGGCCAGUACCAGGAGCCCUGGCAGUACGUGGACGACGUCUGGCUCAUGUUCAACAACGCCUGGCUGUACAACCGCAAGACCUCCCGCGUCUACAAGUACUGCUCCAAGCUGGCCGAGGUGUUCGAGCAGGAGAUCGACCCCGUCAUGCAGGGCCUGGGCUACUGCUGCGGCAGGAAGUACGAGUUCUCUCCACAAACUCUGUGCUGCUACGGGAAGCAACUGUGCACAAUCCCUCGAGACGGAACCUACUACAGCUACCAGAACAGGUAUCACUUCUGCGAAAAGUGCUUCAACGAGAUCCAGGGCGACAGGGUAACCCUGGGAGACGACCCUGCCCAGCCACAGACUAUGAUCUCUAAGGACCAGUUUGAGCGGAAGAAGAACGACAUGCUGGACCCCGAGCCGUUUGUUGAAUGUAAAGACUGCGGACGCAAAAUGCAUCAGAUAUGCGUGCUCCACUAUGACGUCAUCUGGCCGUCCGGAUUCAUUUGCGAUAACUGCUUGAAGAAAAGCGGGAAGACGCGGAAGGACAACAAGUUUUCCGCUAAAAGGCUUCAGCCUACCAGGCUGGGUAUGUACAUUGAGGAUCGGGUGAAUAAGUACUUGAAGAGGCAGAACCACCCGGAGGCCGGGGAGGUGUUUGUGCGAGUGGUGGCCAGCUCUGACAAGACGGUGGAGGUCAAACCUGGCAUGAAAUCCAGGUUUGUGGACACGGGCGAGAUGCCUGAAAGCUUCCCAUACAGAACCAAAGCACUUUUCGCUUUCGAGGAGAUCGACGGCGUGGACGUCUGCUUCUUCGGCAUGCACGUGCAGGAGUACGGCUCCGAGUGCCCUUUCCCCAACACCAGACGGGUGUACAUAUCAUACCUCGACAGUAUUCACUUCUUCAGACCUCGCUUGCUGCGGACCGCAGUCUAUCACGAAAUCCUCAUCGGCUACCUGGAAUACGUCAAGACGCUCGGGUAUGUAACAGGGCACAUUUGGGCCUGCCCCCCCAGUGAGGGGGACGACUACAUCUUCCACUGUCACCCGGCUGACCAGAAGAUCCCCAAACCAAAGCGGCUGCAGGAGUGGUACAGGAAGAUGCUGGAUAAGGCCUUCGCUGAGAGGAUCCUGCACGACUACAAGGACAUCUUCAAGCAGGCGACGGAGGACAGGCUAACCAGUGCUAACGAGCUGCCCUACUUUGAGGGAGACUUCUGGCCCAACGUCCUGGAGGAGAGCAUCAAGGAGCUGGAGCAGGAGGAGGAGGAGAGAAAGAAGGAGGAGAACACAGCAUCCUGUGACACCCCAGAAGGGACACCAGGUGACAGCAAAAAUGCCAAGAAAAAGAACAACAAGAAAACCAACAAGAAUAAGAGCAGCUUGAGCCGAGCCAACAAGAAGAAGCCGGGGAUGCCCAACGUGGCCAACGACCUCUCCCAGAAGCUCUACGCCACCAUGGAGAAGCAUAAGGAGGUGUUCUUUGUGAUCCACCUGCACUCGGGGCCCAUGGUGAACACGCUGCCGCCCAUCAUGGACCCGGACCCCAUGCUGACGUGCGACCUGAUGGAUGGGCGGGACGCCUUCCUGACGCUGGCGCGGGACAAGCACUGGGAGUUCUCCUCCCUGCGCAGGUGCAAGUGGAGCUCCAUGUGCAUGCUGGUGGAGCUGCACAACCAGGGCCAGGACCGCUUCGUCUACACCUGCAACGAGUGCAAGCACCACGUGGAGACGCGCUGGCACUGCACCGUCUGCGAGGACUUUGACCUGUGCAUUAACUGCUACAACAACAAGGGCCACGUGCACCAGAUGGUGAAGUGGGGGCUGGGCAUCGACGACGACAGCAACAGCCAGGGGGCCGAGGCGUCCAAGAGCCCGCAAGAGAGCCGGCGGCUCAGCAUCCAGCGCUGCAUCCAGUCGCUGGUGCAUGCCUGCCAGUGUCGCAACGCCAACUGCUCGCUGGCCUCCUGCCAGAAGAUGAAGCGCGUGGUGCAGCACACCAAGGGCUGCAAGCGCAAGACCAAUGGCGGCUGCCCCGUCUGCAAGCAGCUGAUCGCGCUCUGCUGCUACCACGCCAAGCACUGCCAGGAGAACAAGUGCCCCGUGCCCUUCUGCCCCAACAUCAAGCACAAGCUGCGGCAGCAGCAGCUGCAGCACCGGCUGCAGCAGGCGCAGAUGAUGCGCCGCCGCAUGGCCACCAUGCAGGGCCGGGGGAUGCCCCAGAACCUGCCGUCCCCGCCCACGCCGGCUGCGCCCGGCACGCCCACCUCCCACCAGCAGCCCAACACGCCGCAGACACCGCAGCCCCCUCCCAGCCAGCCACAGACCCCCAACACCGGCGUCAUGCCCGCGGCCUUCCCCAACGCCGCCCGCGCCAACCAGCCCCCCACUGCCGCCACCCCCCCGCAGCCGUCCCAGGGCAAACCGGGGCCGCAGGCCUCGCCCCUCCACCAGCAGCAGUCCCCCCUGCCCCCUCCCCCGCCCCCCCAGCAGCAGCAGCAUCCGCCGCCGCCGGCCGCCGUCAAGAUGGCGCAGCACAUCGAGCGGGUGGCGCAGGCCCAGCAGCAGCACCAGAGCUACCGCGUCAAUGUCAACGGCCUCCCCAUGGGCCACCCGCAGCGCGUGGUGGGGCCCAUGCAGCCUGGCAUGCACGUGGGGCCCCGGGGCCCGGCGGUUAUGCAGGCCAUGCAGCCCGGCCAGUGGCCCGCCGGCCCUCAGGGGCCCAUGCAGGCAGGCCCCGCCCAGCAGCCGCAGCAGGGCCCCCCCAUGCAGCCCUCCAUGACCCCCCCGCAGCAGCAGCAGCAGCAGGCCCUGACCAUGCAGCGGCCCAUGAUGUCAGCGCAGCAGCAGCAGCAGCAGCAGCAGGCGCGCAUGCAGGUCCCGUCGCAGCAGACGCCGCAGCGGGGGGCGCCGGGCAACAUUGCGCCCACGGCACUGCAGGACCUGCUGCGCACGCUCAAGUCGCCCAGCUCGCCGCAGCAGCAGCAGCAGGUGCUCAACAUCCUGAAGGCCAACCCGCAGCUCAUGGCCGCCUUUAUCAAGCAGCGGACAGCCAAGUACCAGGCCAGCCAGGGCCAGGCGCAGGGCCAGCCGCCGCAGCAGGGCCCACAGGGCAUGCAACCGGGCCUGCAGGGCAUGGCCCCCAUGCAGGCGGGGGCGGGGGUGGGACAGAGGCCCGGCCUGAACCCCCCGCAGCAGCAACAGCAGCAGCAGCAGGCCCCGCCGCAGGGCAUGGGCUCCAUGGGGCCCCAGGGGCAGCUGAUGAACCCUGGGCACAACCCCAGCCCCCAGUUCCAGGAGAUGUACCGCCGGCAGCUCCUGCACCGGCAGCAACAGCAGCAGCAGCAGCAGCAGGCCGCAACCAUGCAGCAAGCCCAUGGCCAGUUCCCUCAGCAGCAGCAGCAGCAGGCGGCUAGCUACUCGCAGCUCCGCAUGCAACAGCAGCUGGCCAUGCAGCAGCAGCAGCAGCAGCAACAACAACAACAGCAGCAGCAGCAACAACAGCAGCAGCAGCUCCAGCCCAUGGCGCAAAUGGGCCUGGAAUCUCCUCAGAACCUGCUGCACCAGCGCAUGCUCCAGCAGCAGCAGCAGGCAGCGGCUGCCAUGAAGCCGCAGAUGGGCUCCCCGGCGCAGCCCAACCCCAUGAGCCCGCAGGCGCACCUCCCGCCGGGCCAGCCGCUGGUGCGCUCGCCAGCGCCCGUGCAGUCCCCCUGCCCGCCCUCGCAACAGCCCCCACAUUCCAGCCCCUCCCCCCGCAUACAGCCCCAGCCCUCGCCCCACUCCGGCUCGCCCCACGCCCUGCCGGGCCUGGCCCCGCCCAUGCCGGGCUCCCUGGAGCAGAGCGCCAUGCUGCCGCAGCUGGCCACGCCCGGGCGCAGCGGCCUGCCCGCUGACUUGGGCAUGGUGGGGGACACCACGGGGGACACACUGGAGAAGUUUGUGGAAGGAUUGUAGCAUUUACAGACAAAACACACACACAAUAACACACACACACACACACACACACACACACACACACCCACACUUACAGCCUCCUCCUCCCACUAUUUUGGGCCUCUUCGUGUUUUCACUAAAGACUUUUUGUACUGACAAUGUAAAAAGUUUAAAGGAAAGUUAAAAAUGAGGGGGAAAAAAACAAUAAAUCAAUGCGUGGGGAAUGUUUUCCUAAACCAAGGGACUGCUAUUUCUUCCUACCAGUCGAGGGAUUUAAAAAAUGAAUUGCUGUUUAAAGAAAAAAGAACUCAAAGAAUAUAUUUUUUGGUUCAGACCACAUGUGGUCUGCUUUCGUUAUUUUAUUUUUUGGUUUCUAUCUGGUAUGGACUCAUGCCUUUUUUUAAAGAAAAUUUACAAAACUAUUUCAUUAUAUUAUUCAUACUUUUAUUUUGUACCUUUGCAAACUUUACAGCAUUAUUUUUUUUUGUGUUGAGAGACUGUAAAAUAAUUAGUCUGGGAAUCACACCAGGUGUUCUGUCAUCUCUCCUCAUUCCUGGGAAACGCGUUUGUUCUGUACCAGUUUUCACAAAGGACAUGCACUCUGGAACAGUUCCUUUUCUGAUCGAAGUCUGUGACCACGGAAAUGUAUAGAUAGGAACUAGACUAUCACGCGCAGGUAAUUUCACACUCGUAAGGAAUAACAGGACGUCCGAGUUGGCAGAGUGUUCGCAGGAGACAUCUCAUUGGGCCGAAGCCAGAUUUUUAUUUUUAUUUUUUUUACGUCUCGCAGGUGUAGAAAAUCGUUGCUUCUGUUUCUCAUUUGAAUUCUCUGAAAUGAGUCGUGUGUGUAAAAGAGAAGAAUGCACCCCCCCUAAGCUGAGCAGAACAGGCGAUCGCUGACUGCUGAACGGAGUAGAGAACGGGCCUUCUGCCACCAAGUCCUCAUUCCUCUUACACAAAACUUGAAUUGAGGGUGAACUUUUUCUCUAAUGUAAAUCAUGCAAGUUAUUAAACAAAAUACUAUAAAUAUAAGGAAAAAAAAGAAUUAAAUCAUUGUAUAAACUGGUUAAAAAACUCAUUUCUUACUUAUAUACCAUAUUGUUAAAUAAACUGUGUGCAGCAGACA